AGGAAGCUCGACGCAACGUAGGAGCGGUGCUCAUCGGAGCGUUCGUGCGCUAUGCUGUUUCAGGUGAAGAACUUGCAGGCGUAACACUGUCGAUUUGUUCAUCAAAGACAUCUUCCCAUGCGUGGAUUACAUAUACUGACACAGGGUUCGUCCUGUCUCGCCAUAUCCUAUCUCCCACUGUUGUGCGCGAAGUCGACUGUCAUCUACGCGACCAUGGGGGAGCUCGACGCGACGUAUGGAGCUGUGCUCAUCGGAGCCUUCGUGUGCGCCGUGCUGUUCGGGGUGACCAACUUGCAGAUGUUCAUUUACUUCCAAGGGUAUUCGAGUGACGGAGUGUGGAGCAAGCUCACCGUCUGCUGGCUCUGGCUUGUAGAUGCGAUUCACUUGGCGUUCGUCAUACACAUGGUCUACUGGUACCUUGUCACCAACUAUUUCAAUCCUUCAGCGCUCGCGGUCAUCGUAUGGACGUUCAAGGCUCAAGUCAUGGUAAAUGCGAUCGUCGUAAUCUCAGUGCAAUCGCUAUACGCCAUGCGGGUAUGGCAACUCAGCGUGGCAUUCAGCAUGGUGGACAGCCGCCCUCCAGCGUUCCUCAAGCUCCUCCGCGUUACAGUCGCCGCCAUUGUCGUUCUAGCCUAUGGCGUACUGAUCGCACUCUGCUAUGAGAUCGUCCGCUUCCACGAAUACAGCGAUUUCCUCGCCGCGAGGUACGUGACAUACUUCCCCCUCGGCGUGGCGACGGGCGUCGACGCGAUCAUUGCGUCCUCGCUCUGCUAUCUCCUGCGGCGCUGUCGCACGGGCUAUUCGAAGAUGGACUCGACGAUUUCGGUGCUGAUGCUGUUCACGGUGAACACCGGCAUCCUUACCAUCCUGAGCUCGUUGACGGCGAUGGCGAUGUUGGCAACGCUCCCGGAUACGUUCGCAGCGAUAAGCGUCAACCUUAUCGUCACGCACCUCUACGUGAACUCGUUUAUGGCCAUGUUCAACGCGCGCAACAGCCUGCGGAGUGACGGUUUUGCGAGCGAACGCACCGCCGACCUGCACCUUCGCUCGAUCGGCGGCUCCUGGCAGCCCACAUAAAAUUGAGCAGAAGUACGCGGCCUCGCCGAUGACGGGUCUCCUGACGGAGGUUGCGCACAUCGGGAUAGCAUAUUAGAUGGUGAGGAGGGAGUGCUGGCGCUGGCGCUGGGUCAAGUCUGCUCUUACCCUCCCCCUCGCGUUGUUCCAGCAUGCAUAACCUUCUAAUCUUGAGGUCUUUGUAGAUCAUUAGUUUGCGCUGGUAUCUGACUAUACUCAGACUGUCAUG